CCCAACAACAACGGUCUGCCGCUGCCGCCGCGGAGCCUCCUGAGGACGGAACUGCGGUUCAGGUGCACCGCUGUGAUUUAAAUAACAACUCAAGUUUAUGUUAGCGUUGCGAGAGGAGAAGGAGACGAGGGGAGAUUAGCACAGUGCUGAAAGACAGCUCUCUGAUUUUGUCGACAAGUGUUUAUCCGCUGAAGGGAGCUCGCCAUUGUUUUAUCUGUGAUGGGAUUCCUUCAGGAGCAACCUGCCGCCUGACGUUAACUCCCCCGCUGGAGAGGCAGUCCUUUGUUAAUCUCUAAGGUCUGUAAUCUACAUCUGCAUCUGUAUCAGAUAUUUGGCUAUCCGGUCUAACCUUUGCAGUAAAUUACUGGAAACAUACUUUCUUCAGAGGUCGGGAUGGACCUUAAAGCAGAGUCUUUUUUAAGAUUCCAGAUGCCAGCUUUGAGAACUUAAUGACUUUUCUGGGUUAAACGUUGACGAUUCAUCAGAUUAACUACACAGCUGCUAACCCGUGAGAUUUUCACAAAAAGUAAUGGAGACAGAGGAGAAAGAGGAUGUAUCACAAAAACAAGCUUUAAGUACAAAAGAAGUGGAAGAAGAUGCAACAACGUGCCACACAUGUGGAGUGUGUGGUCGUAGUUUUCCUCUGCUCAGCUCUCUCUCUCAGCACAUGAGACGACACACACGGGAGAAGCCGUAUAAGUGUCCCUACUGUGAGCACCGGACAGCGCAGAAAGGCAGCCUGAAGGCUCACAUCCGAAGCCAUAAACUGGGCCUACUCAGCAAAAACUCUGGAGACAAUGAGGUGAAAGAAGAUAAGGAACAGAAAGAUGAGCCUGAUGUUCUUGACCUCCCUGAAGUCAUCAGCACAUCUGACAAAGCUCAUCACAUCAAUGGGAAGGUGAAGAAGAAAGUAACAAAGAAAAAAGUUAAAAGUAAAAAUGGGAUUGAGUUUGGAGACGGGCCUUUCUCCUGCAUCUUUUGCGGCCAAGUUUUCCCUCAGGUAUUGCUCCUUAAAUCCCACAUUAAGCUGCACCACGGUUCCCAUGAUCAUGGAUGCCGCAUUUGUGGACGACGCUUCCGCCAAGCAUGGUUCCUCCAAAGCCACAUGCGCAUUCAUCGGGUCAAAGCACAGCUUCAAGGCAGUAAAAACAAUGAGCUGCCUGCCACAAUCAAUGGGACUCCUCAGGACCCAGCGUCACUGAUAAACGAAGAGUGCCUCUACGAGCUCUGCGCCGGCUGCGGGAACUUCUUCAAAGACCGCACCACAUUGCGGGUUCAUGAAAAGCUGCAUAAUCUGAACCCAAAUCCAAAAAUUGAAGACCUGAUGCCCUCUGAGUUGCAAGUUCAUAAGAAGCACUUUUUGGAACUCCUGAACCUCAAAAGUGCUAACUCUAAAGAACCACCAGAGGAAAAAUUUCAGGGUGGAAGAAUUCAAGAGCUAGACCCAGUUUGUAGUUACCAAGCCUGGCAGUUAGCUACAAGGGGACGGCUAGUGGAGUCCUCUGAAAAAUGUCUGGGCUGGGAGGAGAGACUGGCUGAUGCAGAAGUGGCAUAUGACACAGAGAAAGGAGAAUACGUACCCCUGAAGCAGGAAAAGAAGAGGAAACAAACUGACAGCUCCAACUCUAGUGUCAAGAAGAAGAAGGGUGAUACAGGCUACGAUCACACCCCUAACACUCUGAAUCACGGCAGAAGUGGAGACAAAAAGAUUUUCCAAAAAGACCGUAUCAUUUUGAAUGGACUCGGUCAAGCGUUUUAUGAGGCACUGCAGACAAAGAAGGUCAGAGAACAAUCAUCUAAGCAGAGUAAGAACAUCAGGAGCCAAGAGCAUGGAGAUAAAAAGUCCUACUCCUGUGAGUACUGUGAUUUCCAGACUGAUGACUCCUCACUGCUCAGGUCCCACCUAUACAACCAUCGCCUCGGCCCCUGCAGCAAACAGAGCACCACUACUGGCAACAUCAGUAAAAGUGGUUCUUCGAAAUAUAUGGACUACCUCAGGAGCAGGAGUGUGUUGCUCAGUCAGCCAUAUUGGAAUCAGUACACAUAUCCUCCUGGUCAGAAGUUUGCAGAGGGAAACAUUAAGAUGGAAAACUCAAACGGGAUUGAGAUGAAAGAGGAGGUACACACUGGUGGCGAAAAUUUCAGUCUUCUUAAUCUUUCUUCAUCCUCUGCUGCUGUUGAAAAUUCAAAUUAUCUGGUAAAAACUGAGGGGCUGGUGCAACAUCAGUGUCUAUACUGCUCGCACACUAGCAAUUACCCAGAAGUCCUGUGGAUUCAUCAGCGUGUCACCCACAGGGUGGAUGGCAGCAGCUCUGUAGCACCAAAGUGGGCACCCUGCAUUAGCAUUUUAAAGAGUUUGAAAGCGGGUUCUUCUCAAUGGAGGCGCACAGGACCUCCACCGUUCCUUGAAGGCAAGGACUGCCCAGCUUUACCCACUCCACGAACACAGCGUACACAACCUCCAGGUGUCACAGCCCAAACCAGCAGCAAGGUCUCAUCCUCAAAAAUCCAGUCAAGCAUCCCAAAGCCCAAGCGUCACCCGAAGGACUCACAUUCCUCAGAUGCAACACACUCUCGUGGGAAGGUUGUGUUCCAACCUCAAAGGAAGUCUGGUGAACAUAAACGAGUUGUAGAUAGUGUAAGUAAAGCCUCCAUUGCCCAGGUUACUUCUGUAAACAGUUCUGUGCACACCAAGAGUCUCUCGAACUUCCAAACUUCAAGCAGCCCCAAGCACAGAGGCAACAGAGUUGCUGUGGAGGGUGUCUUCCCCCAGGAGGGUUUGGGGUUUAUGUUAGCAAGAAAUCAAAGUGGGACUUCUUCUAACACAGCAGCAGACAAAACCUACUCCCGAAGGCAAUCAUGGGACUUUUCCUCUGGUCUUAAAGGCCCUGAUCUUUGGGCAGCCAUGAACAUGUGGGGGCUACAUGGUGGGAAAGCCUAUUUAGAGCCACACCUUUUUGCUCAGGGAAAGAGUGACUCAACAGGAGACACCCCUAAGGAGAUGGACCUUUUAAGUCUUUUGAAGAGCUACAGUCCCCAUGAGCUGGCAGCUCUUUAUCAGCACUGGGGAUAUGUCGAUCCAAGACUGGAUCCACAAGCAACACUGCAGUUGAAUGGGAGUUUUGGGAAUGAAGUUCAUUCUUCCACUGAAUCUUCCAAACAGAAGAGCAGCCGCUCCACUCCGUCUUCAGGAUCUCUGCAUAAAGGAACGUGAGGUUCUGCUGCUGAUCUCCGCUGCCACCAUCCUACCUGCUGAAUAUAAACAUAUGUUGUUCUUUGAAGGAAGCAGCUAAAAAUGCAGAGGCAACUGUGAAAAAUGCACAAUUUAUUGGAAGCAAUGAGGUCAAUUCUUUACUUUGCAACAUGAUUAUUUUAUUUGAGGUCUUCCGCAUGUUUUCUUUGCUCGGUAAACCUUUAGAUGAUGAUAGCUGAUGUGCACACAUGGUGAGGUGUUUGGAAACUUUGUAGAGAUAAUGCUAAAGUCCAGAUGGAAAUAAAAUGUGUUGCUUCAGUCGUGUAGCUACAUAGAAGAUGUCUUUAGUUGUAGUGAUACUGUAAAACGGAUCCGUCAAAACAACAGAAAAGGCGUAAUACCAUGUAAGGAUUGAAAAACACUCUUACUGCAAAAAUGUAUUAUUCAUUGUAUAUCACUGUCAUGUUUCAGUUUGUUGUUUCAUCUCCUGUAAAUGUUUUUGUUUUUAAUAUUAUUAUCUUUGCUAAGUUUGUUAUUGUUACCACUUUCAGAAUUACAGAUAAACUAACAUCACUUCAGAUUUGAACCUAAGUCCACCAAUAAACUCUGACAUGAGAGGAGGGAUGUGCAGCUCAAUGUGCCAGUUCAUGAUUCACUUUUAUAUGAGGCAUAGUUGUGGUACUGUAUGGUUUCUAUUUUUAGACCCAAUCUGUUUAGAUUGUACCCAUAAAUUGUUGCCCAUCAUACAGCUAGUCUGUAGCGUCCAAAAAGGUGCCCGCCGUUUUACGUUCAGAUUUAAAUUACAAAUGCAGUAUUUGCCUCUGUGUUUCAGUUAGAUUGAUUCUGUGAACAUCUAGUCGUCUUUCAUACUUUGUAUGUGACGUAGCGACUGAAUGCUGUGAUUUAUUUUUCUAGAAUUAAAAAUGGUAGUGAAAAACAGUUUAUACUGAUGUGACUCCUACAAGCCUCCGCUAGUCAAGCUACUGAAAAAAAAAAAAAAAAGUAUGGUAUGUAUUCAUUUUUAAUAAUUCACUUUACUCUCCUUUUGUGUUCCAUGUGUACUCUGUUUGCUGGUUUCUUCUAGUAUGUUUACAUUUUAGUACAUCUCAUUUAUCUUCUCCCUUACAUAAAAUGUCUAUGCAUUUGACAAAGCCAUAAGCGUAUGAUUGUUGGGAGAUCCAAACUAUUACAAUGAGUGUUAGCAGAAAAUAUAUUCUCCUUGUUGAUAAAUAUUGUAAAUGGACUUUUACUUUAGGGGCUUUUUCUUUUCUAAAAGUGAAAUUUAAGAACCCAUAGAUACUUGAUAUUUGUAGAGAGAAAACAAAAAUUGUGGAGGGCCGCUUUCUGAAACAACAGGAAAUGGUGAGCCACUGUUUUUCAUACAAAUCCAAACAUUUAGCAAACAUCAAGCUUUAAAUUGAGCUCUGAGUGGUUUCAUUUUUGUGACUGUAAACAUGUUUCGUAGGUAAUUAUGUUGGUAUCAGAAGGAAUAUUUUCAACAGCUUCAGUGUUUGUAAAAUUAUUUGAAUAAAGUUGAUUAAUGUUGAUUUAUAUA